AUGGCCGCAGCGCGCGUGCUGCGGACAUGGAGCCAGCGAGCCGGGCGGCUGGUCUGUGUGCGCUACUGUCAGACACGGAGCGUGGUGCACGCGCUGAAACCCAAAUAUGUGUGUUUCUUCGGCUCCCCGUCCUUCAAGUCCAGCCACCCGCACCGGCCGCUGAGAACCACUGCAGGUCAACAGGGACAGAUUGUUCAGUUCAAACUCUCAGACAUCGGAGAAGGCAUUAGAGAAGUAACUGUCAAAGAAUGGUUCGUGAAGGAGGGAGACACUGUGUCUCAGUUCGACAGCAUCUGUGAGGUCCAGAGCGACAAGGCGUCUGUCACCAUCACCAGCCGUUACGAUGGGGUCAUUAGGAAGCUGUAUUACAACCUCGAGGACACGGCCUACGUGGGGAAGCCCCUCGUCGACAUAGAAACGGAAGCUUUGAAAGAUUCCGAGGAGGACGUGGUGGAGACGCCCGCCAUGUCCCAUGACGAGCACACGCACCAGGAGAUCAAAGGCCAGAAGACGCUGGCCACGCCGGCGGUGCGCCGCCUGGCCAUGGAGAACAACAUUAAGCUGAGUGAAGUUGUUGGCUCAGGAAAAGAUGGCAGAAUACUCAAAGAAGACAUUCUCAGCUUUCUGGAGAAGCAGACGGGAGCGAUAUUACCUCCUUCCCCCAAAGCCGAAAUCAUGCCGCCUCCACCGAAACCAAAAGACACGCCUCUCCCCGCCCCAGUAGCAAAGCCUGUGGUGUUCACAGGCCAGGACCACACGGAGCCCAUAACAGGCUUUCGGAAGGCCAUGGUCAAGACCAUGACCGCAGCCCUGAAGAUCCCGCACUUCGGGUACUGCGACGAGGUUGACCUCACCGCGCUGGUGAGGCUGCGAGAGGAACUGAAGCCCGUUGCUGCUGCGCGGGGGAUUAAGCUCUCCUUCAUGCCCUUCUUCAUAAAGGCCGCUUCCCUGGGAUUGCUGCAGUUCCCCAUCCUCAACGCCUCGGUGGACGAGAGCUGCCAGAAGGUCACCUACAAGGCAUCUCAUAACAUCGGGGUGGCCAUGGACACCCAGCAGGGGCUCAUCGUCCCCAACGUGAAGAGCGUCCAGGCGCGCUCGGUGAUGGACAUCGCGGCCGAGCUGAACCGCCUGCAGAAGCUGGGCUCCCUGGGGCAGCUCAGCACCGCCGACCUCACGGGGGGCACCUUCACCCUCUCCAACAUCGGCUCCAUCGGCGGCACCUACGCCAAAGCCGUGAUCCUGCCGCCCGAGGUCGCCAUCGGGGCUCUGGGGUCCAUUAAGCCCCUGCCCCGGUUCAGCCAGAAGGGAGACGUGUACAAGGCGCACAUCAUGAAGGUGAGCUGGUCGGCCGACCACAGGGUCAUCGACGGCGCCACCAUGUCGCGCUUCUCCAACCUGUGGAAGUCCUACUUGGAAAACCCGGCGGCCAUGCUCCUGGACCUGAAGUGA